AUGUCAGAAGCGUUGGUGCAUUUGGAGCAAGUCACUCGGCUCUCCUCGAGGGUCGUGCGCGUUCUCGGUUCCAAUCCAGGCAAGUUCACACUGCAAGGCACGAACACCUACCUCGUUCAUGCGCCUGUGCCAUCAGCCGUCGAUCAUGCCGAUAGACGAAAUGUGGAUGCGCUGCCUUGCGUCCUCAUCGAUGCAGCGGAGGGAAAGAGCGCAUACAUCGACACGCUGAGAGGUGUCUUGCUUGGUCGAGAUGAACACGUUUGGAGCGGCACUCAUCAAACGAGCUCGGUCGCGAGCUCAAGUUCUGAUCCUUAUCCUCGCUUCACCAUCACUGACAUAAUUCUUACUCAUCGGCACGUAGACCACGUGGGCGGUCUGCCGAGUGUACUCGAGCUGCUUGCCGAUAUUCGACGAGAGCAUGAGAGCAAGCCUCCUCGGAUACACAAGCUGCGAGACAAAGUCAAAGCCGCAGCUGGCGAGGUGGACGAGGUGGCUCGGCUGCUCGAAGAUUGCAGCUUUACGCUCUUCGCAAAGUCGGAGGGUGGAGAAGAUGUGCACUGGAUCGAAGAUGGUGACUCUUUCCAACUUGCCAAUAACGGAAUCAGCUUCUCCUCCACCGGGUCUAACACCACCGAACAGCCGCAAUCGAAGCGCAAUGCUGGCGUCCCGGCGCUUCCGCAGCAUCUCGCGCUUGAUGAGACGUCUGGCGAUAUGACGACUUUGCAAAUCUUGCACACUCCGGGUCAUACGGGUGAUCACAUUUGCUUGUUCUUGGCUCAAGAAGCUUCGCUUUACACUGGUGACAAUGUUUUGGGACAAGGCACGAGCGUAUUUGAAGACUUGCGCGUCUACUUGCAAAGCUUGAAGCGCAUGUCGGACGCUCUCGAAAGAAGCUCGACCCCUCGUGAGGCGUACGGGAAGAGCUUUGAGCGUCUCGAAGAGGCUUCGAAUCAGGCGCAAGCAAGCACGCCGGAGAACAGGCUCUACCCCUCUCAUGGCCCUAUCCUCGUUCAGGGAAAAGCCAGCAUCAGGGAAUACAUCUCUCACAGGCUAGAACGCGAAUCCCAAGUGCUCGAGUUGCUUUUGCGUCCGAAAUCUGCCCCGGAGUCCACAGACGACGCGUGGACAGCACGAACAAUUGUGCAAGAGCUAUACAAGGGCUAUCCCGAGAGUCUACACAUUCCAGCGGCUCGAGGGAUCUUUUUGCAUCUUGUCAAACUAUUGCAGGAUACCCGAACAGAGCCAAUUGCGGCCCCAACAGGCUCAAUCUCCGAGAAAAGAUCCAUAGUCGUCAAAUGCCUGGAUGAAGAUGACGACUUCAGGCAGGCGGACAAAGCCAGCUCUGGCGGUGCAGCGUCUGGGUCGGCGUCAGAUGCAACGUAUACAUGGGAAGACAUCUGGCUCGACUCACUCGACAAACGUUGGGUAGCAGAGCGCGCACAGGAGGGCGUUCAUCCCACGAGUGGCCGAAUGUGA